AUGCCAUCAUCUUCAAACAAUCCCAAUCCUUUAUUACAAGUUAAUCACUUCUCCCGCUUUUUUCAUUGUUGGCUAUCUCCUUUAAUGACGAAAAGUCGCAAACAAGGAACACUUCAUCUUGAUGAUCUUUAUGGCGUUCCUGAUUAUCUUAAAUCAACACUAUUGACGAAUAAAUUGGAAGAAAAUUGGCUAGACGAAAUAAAACGAUGUCCACGAAAUCCGAAUCUAAUUCGAGCUACAUUACGUACUAUGGGAUGGAAAUUGAUACUUCUCGGUCUUUUAUUAAUUUCUCUUGUUGCUCCACUACAAAUCAUUGCAGUUGUUUUUCUAUUGUGGCAUUUUGUUAACUAUGUUACUUUUAUUGCUAUUGGAUAUAUGUUAUUACUCGUAUUGAUUCAACCAUUAUUCAGUCGUUUGUUUCUUUAUUUACGUACCGAAGUUUUGAAAAUAAUUGAUGAACGUGUUAAAAUCAUAUCUGAGAUUAUUAAAUCAAUGCGAAUUGUAAAAAUGUAUUGUUGGGAGUCAGCAUUUAAAAGAAAAAUUCGUCAUGUAAGAACACGUGAAAUGAUUAAAACUACUAUAUUUAGAAUGUGUACCUGUAUUGAAAUGAUUUUAUCACAGAAUUACGUCAGUAUAACAUUUUUAAUGAUGUAUGGAACAAUGUGGUUAUUUGAUAUGAAAUUUGAUACACGUGUUUUUACUCUUUCAUAUGUAUUACUUAGUUAUACACAUCAAUCUUGCGUUAAUUAUUUUAACUUUGCUAUUCGUGAUCUUCUUAAUUAUGUGGUUGCUCAAAAACGAAUCCGAAUAUUUCUUUUAUUUGAUGAAUCUGAACGAGACAUUCGAUUGUUAUCAACAUCUUUUAAUAAUAUCGUAGAAAUAGAUAAAAUUGAUGAAAAUUUAGUAAAACAAACAUCUGAAGUUAUAUGCAAUUUAAAACAAGCUCAAUGGGAAAAAAAUGAAAAAUUUUCAUUAAAAAAUAUUAUAUUUGAUGCUCAUCCAGGUGAUUUAAUCUGUAUUAUUGGACCUGUUGGAUUUGGAAAAAGUUCACUUUUACAAACAUUAACAGGUGAAAUAACUUAUUUUGAUGGAAAGAUUCGAUUAUAUGGAUCAUUUUGUUAUGUACCACAAGAAUCAUGGAUAUUCUCAUCAUCAGUAAAGAAUAAUAUUCUUUUUGGUAAAAAAUAUAAUUCUAAGUUAUUUCAACGCGUUGCUCGUGCAACUGCUCUCGAUACAGAUUUUGUUCAAUUGUCUCAUGGUGAAAAUAUUCUUGUUGGUGAUCAAGGUGUCAUGCUAUCUGGAGGUCCAAAAGCACGUGUCAAUAUGGCAAGAGCACUAUAUCGUGAUGCUGAUAUUUAUUUAUUAGAUGAUCCACUUUCAGCUGUUGAUGCUAAAAUUUGUAUUUUAGUUACUCAUCAAAUACAAUUUUUACAAGAUGCUACUAAAAUUAUUGUUCUUGAUAAUGAUGAAAUGGCACAAAUGGGAACAUAUAAAGAAUUACUUAUACCGUCACCAUCAUUUGCUCAACUUCUUGAAGAUAUUAAUCAACAUGAACAAGAACAACAACAACAACCAGUUUCUUUAUUAAAUCAACAAUCAAUGAUUGAUUCAAUAAAUUCAGAAAAAGAUAGAACAGUAAAAUGGAAUGUUUAUGUAUUAUAUCUUCGAUCUGGUGUUGGUGUCAUUUUGGGUUUUCUAUUAAUUAUAAUUAUAUUUACAACACAACAAUCAAUAGCUAUUUUUAGUAAUUGGUGGUUAGCAGCAUGGAGUAAUGAUGAAAGUCGUCGUCAUUAUGAGAAUUCAAUCAACUGCAUGACUGUACAAGAUAAGAAAAUUGAUAGACUAUAUCGAAUGAAUGAUAUUGAAUCGAGUACAUAUCGAUAUCGACGAUUUUAUAUAUUUUGUGUUCUCGUAUUUAUACUUUGCUUUUUGAUAUUUCUUCGGACUGUUAUCAGUCAACUUAUAUGUUUAAAUGCUGGACGAGUACUUCAUAAUAAAAUGUUUAAACAAAUAAUUCGAUGUCCUAUAUCAUUUUUUGAUACAAAUUCUGUUGGACGAAUAUUGAAUCGUUUUACAAGCGAUAUCGCUGCAAUGGAUGAGUCUUUACCAAUGACUGUGUUCGAUUUUCUUGUGUCUUUAUCUCAAGUUUUGGAUACAAUUGUUCUAGUUAUAUUCCUUAAUCCAUGGUCAUUUAUUCCAGCAAUAAUUGCUGCAAGUGGCAUGCUCUUUGUGAGAUAUCGAUUUGCUCCAUGUUCCCGUGAUUUAAAACGACUUGUAGGAACUACACGAAAAGAAUUUCAUUAUCAUCUUGAUAAUAAUACACGAGUCAACUAUCUGAUUGCAACAUUAAAUAGAUGGUCAGCAAUGCGUUUCGAUUGGGUAUCUAUAAUAUUUAUUGCCUUAAUUAUCGUACUUGCCAUAAUUGUUCGUAUAAGUCAACAACAAUUUUCAGCUGUAGAAAUUGCUCUUACACUUACCUAUAGUCUCAAUCUAAUGGGUCUUUUUCAAUGGACCAUCAGACAAUCAGUUGAAGUUGAAACGCAAAUGACAUCAGUCGAACGAAUACUUGAAUAUUGUUCACUUGAACAAGAACCAUCUAAUCAAUUGUCAUUCAAAUAUCGAUCACCAGCAAAUUGGCCAUCACAAGGUCGUAUUAUUGGAAGAACAGGUGCUGGUAAAAGUUCAUUCAUUCAAAUUCUUUUUCGAAUGGGUACGCUUGUCGAUGGUCACAUUAUUAUUAACAAUAUUGACAUAGUAACUAUUGAAUUAGAUGAUAUUCGACGUCGUAUUUCAAUUAUUCCACAAGAUCCUGUUCUUUUUACUGGUACAAUGAGAAGUAAUCUUGAUCCAUUUGGUCUUUAUUCAGAUGCUGAAAUAUGA